CUUGUUAGAUAUAGUUAGUUGAGUUUCUAUUAUUUUCAACCUUUUGGGCUUAUAAAUUUAUAGAUUAAAGUGUGAUUUUCCAAAAAUAAUCAUAUCUUUUAGUGACCCUACUAUAUACUUUAAUGUCCUUUGUCUAUAAAGAAGGCAGCAGUGUUAAUAUAUUAUAUUUAAAGAUUAAAGAAUUGAUCGUUAUCAAUUUCUUUUGGUAUACAAUAUUAUAUUCCUGAGUAGGGUCAUUUCUGAAUUAAAAUUAUUCGAGUAGAUGGCCUGAUGUGUAUGUCUUGGUUUAAACCUUGUGAAUAUUUUGAUGACCUGAACAUAAAUUGAUUCGAGUGACAUAACUUCCUGCUGCCUGACCCUAGUGAUGUCUUUUUCUAUCUCCCUCAAACUACACUGUCAUCAACCACUUAAAGAAUGUAUUUUAGCUGGGAGUAAUUCUAAUAAAGCAAAUUGGAAAGUGUUGGAGGAGUGGAGCUCAUCAAAAUGGAGAAUUAUGAAAUACUAGAACAGAUAGGAAAAGGCUCUUUUGCUUCUGCACUACUUGUGAGACAUAAACAUGAAAAGAAAAGGUAUGUGUUGAAGAAGAUUCGACUCGCCCGACAGUCUGAUAGGACCCGCAGAUCUGCCCUCCUUGAGAUGGAACUUAUUUCCACAGUGCAAAAUCCUUUUAUAGUGGAGUACAAAGAUUCUUGGGUUGAAAAGGGUUGCUAUGCAUGUAUUGUAAUAGCAUAUUGUGAAGGAGGAGAUAUGGCGGAAGCAAUAAAAAAAGCCAACAGUGUUCAUUUUCCAGAAGAGAAGGUCUGUAAAUGGCUUGUUCAGUUACUAGUGGCACUUGAUUAUUUGCAUGUUAAUCAUAUUAUUCAUCGUGAUGUCAAGUGUUCAAAUAUAUUCUUAACAAGAGAUCAAGAUAUCCGACUUGGUGAUUUUGGUCUUGCAAAAAUGUUGAUUUCUGAAGAUCUUGCAUCAUCGGUUGUGGGAACUCCUAGCUACAUGUGCCCUGAACUUCUUGCAGAUAUACCUUAUGGCUCUAAAUCAGAUAUAUGGUCCUUAGGAUGCUGUAUGUAUGAAAUGACUGCAUUCAAGCCUGCUUUUAAAGCUUUUGACAUGCAAUCUCUCAUCAAUAAAAUCAAUAAAUCUAUAGUAUCUCCACUCCCGACCAUGUAUUCUGGCACAUUUCGAGGGCUUAUCAAGAGUAUGCUGCGGAAAAACCCUGAAAUGAGACCAAGUGCUGCUGAUUUGCUCAAACAUCCACACCUUCAACCUUAUGUACAUAACCUCCAUCUUAAUUCCAACAACCCUAGACGCCAUACACUUCCAGUUCCAGUUCCAGUUCCAGUUCGUUUAUCAUCAGGUUACAACUACGAAAAGAGAACAACGUUCAUUGAGCCUGAACCUAAAACUGUUCAUCUCCACAAUGAGAAAAGGCGAUCUUUCAGCAGCGACAGGGCUUUGAACCCUAGUAUAUCUGAAUAUGAUCACAAUUCCUCUUACUCUCAGAAUUCCCAUAGAAAGCUAUCCAUUGGAAGUAUUGAGGAAUAUAUCCACACUGAGAAAUUAGUUGCUGCUGCUAAGACAUCAAAUGGCGGCAGAACCCCGAGACUCACUCCUGUUUCUACUCCCAGAAGACAAACUGUUACACCCAAAAUAAUCAGAGGGACUUCAGAUCGUGAUUUGGUUCCAGUAUCACAAACAGUAACACCGCGUAGGCAAUCAUCAUCAUCACAAAUAAGCCGAAGGACAUCUCUACCCUUAUCAUCAUCAGCAAGGUCCACAAUAAUAUCCCACGUAGGUUUCGACUCUCCAGAUGUAUCCAUGAACGCCCCACGGAUCGACAAAAUGACCGAAGAGCCCUUGCCCUUGAUGCUACCAGUCCAUAGAAUGUCUUCAACAUCCGCUCAAUGUUCUUCCGGAACUUCCCCAACCAGAACCAGCAUCAUGGACCGGUCAGUCACAAUCGACAAGUGCACGGUGAAGACGGUGAACCCGAUCCCGAGCCAUGAGUUGUUGGCCGGUUCGAGCCGUUCGUCGUCGGAUUCACGGGGGCAAGGGCAGAGGCGGAGGUUUGACACGUCAUCGUACCAACAACGCGCGGAAGCGUUGGAAGGGUUGUUGGAGUUCAGUGCACAGUUGAUGCAACAAGAAAGGAUAGAGGAAUUAGCGGUGUUGUUGAAGCCGUUUGGGAUUGAGAAAGUGUCGCCUAGAGAAACCGCUAUUUGGUUAUCAAAAAGUUUCAAGGGAGCUGGUAGUGUUGUUGGUAAUUUGUAAUUUGUAAUUUGUUUUUUUGGAUUUUUGUAAUUGUGAAGAUUGUAGUUGGAAUGACUAAUGAGGCCAAGGUGAUUAUGAACGACUCGUUCAUGGAAACAAGUUUCGGAUUUUCUAACUUUUGUUCACUUCCGAUCCCGUUGGUAUUGGUGUGGAUCGUUCAAAACCGGAUAUCUCUGCAUAGUUCACACUGAUUACCGAAUCCAUAACCAAAUUUCCAGUUAGGUUUUUUAGGUUUGUUUUUGAAUAUCUUGUGGUGUGGGUGUGUUUAAGGAUGGUAUACACAUAGUUAUAAAAAAACGCGGAGUCUAGUUGGAUCCCUCUUGGGAGACGGUUACUCGACUAAAAAAGUUGGGUCGCUUUGGUGUUGGUGAUCUUAGAUUGAUGAACAUUGCACUUGUUUCAAAAUGGUGGUGGAGAUUUAGAGUGGAGCAAAAUUCGUUUUGGUCCUCUUGUAUUAGGGCAUUGCAUAAUACUAAAGGAAUUGAUGGGAUGUUUUUUGCAAGAUGUGGGAUGCUGGGGCCUUAGCUAAACAUUUAUCAGGUUAAUGGGAGCUUGAUAAAUGGAAUAUUGGUCUUGAUGAUUUGUUUUUGCAGGAAAUUAGGAGAUGGGAAACAUACUCAUUUUUGGAAAGAAAAAUGAUGUGGUGAUAUAAUUUUAAGAAUUGAAUUC